AUGAAUCUGUCGCAGACCCUCAGCGCCCUCUUAGUGGGCCUGGCAGGGGUACACGCAGCCAGAAACACCGCAUCUCCUAUCGUUUCAACUCCCGGUGAUAUCGCCGUCAUCCCAGGAUGGAGUCUCCAGUCCAGCACCCGCGUGGCGGACGAUAUGCCUGGCUUGUCCCAGCCCGGUGUGGAUGUGUCUACUUGGCAUCGUGUCGGCUCACGUGGAACCGUUAUGGCUGGCCUGCUCCGCGCUGGCGUGUUCAACGAUACGGAGUUAUUCUAUUCGGACAACUUGAACCAACUGGCCUCGGAGACUACUUUCCGUUCUCCAUGGCUGUACCGGGAGGAAUUUACGCUUCACCCGAGCGACAACCAGUACUUUACUCUGCAUACCCACGGGGUCACCUCGAAAGCAGAGAUCUACGUGAAUGGUGAGCGGAUCGCAACUAGCGAUGAGCAACAGGGAUCGUACGGUGGUCACAAGUACAAUCUGACCGGUCAUGUUAAGGAUGGAACGAACUGUUUGCUUAUCAAAGCUUACCCGACAAACUAUCUACGAGACUUUGCACUGGGCUUCGUUGACUGGAACCCCUAUCCUUCAGAUAACGGCACGGGCGUGUGGCGAAACGUAGAGAUCUCUCAGACAGGCCCGGUCUCGAUGUCUCCUUUCCGCGUCAUCACUGAUCUCAAAAAGCCUGACCAGAACCAGAAAGUUAACGUCACGCUGAAGACUGACCUGGUCAAUCACGCACGAAAGACUGUCCAAGUGUCAGUGAAUGGUACCAUCACCCCGCCACCAGGAUCAAAGGCUGGGCCCAUCACACGAUCUUUCGAACUCAAGCCCGGCGAGACCAAAACAGUCUCGAUCAAAGUCGCCGUUGAGAAUGCCUCGAUUUGGUGGCCUGCCAGCUGGGGUACGCAGCCACUCUACACAGUCCAAACCAACUUGCUUGUCCAUGACAAGACAAUGAAAAUCUCGGACAAGACCCAGGCUCAACAGUUCGGUAUCCGACAAGUGUCUUCAUAUGUGAAUAAGCACAACGACACGGCAUUUGUCGUGAAUGGUCAGCCGUUCCAGGUGAUGGGAGCCGGCUACGGGCCGGACAUGUUCAUGCGUUUCGAUGGGACGCGCGUGGAGAAGAUCUUCCGGUACAUGCUUGACAUGGGAAUGAACACGGUCCGUCUGGAAGGUAAACAGGAGCAUCCAGAGCUGUACGAGCUUGCUGAUCGAAUGGGGAUGAUGGUACUUGCCGGCUGGGAAUGCUGUGACAAAUGGGAGGGAUGGGAGUACAACAAUGACGCCCAGGGAGUCAAGUGGGGAGAAUCUGACUACCCCAUUGCCCACGCUGCAAUGCUCCACGAAGCAGAAAUGAUGCAAGCACAUCUUUCCAUGCUGGGCUUCCUCGUAGGCUCAGACUAUUGGCCCAAUGACCGUGCCACCGAGGUGUACCUCGAUGCCUUGAAAGACAUGGACUGGCAGAAUCCCAUCAUUGCAUCUGCCAGUAAACGCGGUUACCCCGAAGCUCUGGGCCCCUCUGGAAUGAAGAUGGACGGUCCGUACGACUGGGUCCCUCCCAACUACUGGUAUGGUGACCAGGAAGGUGCUGCAUUCGGGUUCGGCUCCGAGCUUGGAGCGGGAGUUGGUACACCCGAGAUGGGUAGUCUGAAGAAAUUCAUGUCUGAGAAAGAUCUGGAAACGUUAUGGAAAGAGCCAGAUGCCAGUCUCUUCCACAUGUCCCGAUACGACUCGCAAUUCUUCGAUCGCUCCAUCUACAACAAAGCUUUGUUCGCUCGGUAUGGCAAGGCACAGAAUCUUGAGGACUAUGUCUUAAAAUGCCAGAUGGCCGAUUACGAAGCGACUCGUGCUCAGUACGAAGCAUACUCUGCCAAACAGAAUGCGUCUCGCCCUGCGACGGGAUCCAUCUACUGGAUGUUGAACAGUGCUUGGCCAAACCUCCACUGGCAAUUGUUUGAUUACUAUCUGAGUCCAAUGGGAGCAUACUUUGGCACAAAAGUCGGCAAUCGCCUAGAGCACGUUGCAUACGAUUACGAGAGUGAAAGUGUCUGGUUGAUCAACCAUUCCUUGGACCUGACCGGUGACCGAGAAAUUUCUAUUGACCUGAUUGACACCAACGGGAAGAAAAUUUCCGGAACCAAGGUCAAGACAACCACCGCGCCGAACUCGUCCAAGGAAAUCCAACAAGUAAUCGGGAUCGACAAAAUCACAGAUAUCGCAUUCUUGCGCCUCGUCCUCCGCGACACAAAAGCAAAGCGAGACGUGAGCCGCAAUGUGUACUGGCUCUCUCCUAAACCCGACGUCCUCAACUGGGAUAACUCUACCUGGUACACCACCCCGGUGACCGAUUAUGCAGACUACAAAAAGCUGGAAAACCUUGCUUCCGCGAGUGUCAAAGCCACAGUGCAAAGCGUGAAAGCCAAGACCAAGGAUGGCUGGACAUACGCUGACGUCCAACUGGAGAACAAGUCCAAGGUUCCCGCCGUGUUCCUGCGACUGAACGCGAUCAAGUUGUCUGAUGGUGCAGAAGUUGCACCCGUUUUCUGGUCAGAUAAUUAUCUGACACUCUGGCCUAAUGAGAAACUUCGCGUGUCUGUUGGCUUCGAGGGGGAUAUUAAGCAAACAGUUAUUGAGCUGUCGGGUCGGAAUGUAAAGAAGCAAAGUCUGAAGAGCGCCAAGUAG